GCCCGGCCCGCUCAGCCGGGGAGAGCGGGGCUGCCCUGCGCCGUGCCGCCCGGCCCUUCGCGUUCCGUUAGGCCGCCAGUUGCACCAGCCCAGGGCCGCGUCCCUUCUCGGGGCAGAGGGCACCCGGCUGUGCCGCACUGCGGCUCGCUGCCGAUGCGUGGGACAGCGGGGGGCUGCUCGUAACCCUACCGGUGGGGAAGUAAAUACUGGUAUGGGGCAUGGAGGUGAACAUGGCCAUGGCCAUGGCCGAACAGAACUCCCUGACUACAGGCAGUGGAAGAUAGAGGGUACUCCACUUGAGGAGGUCCAAAGGAGGUUGGCCAAACGGGGUCUCAGGGAUCCAUGGGCUCGUAAUGAAGCUUGGAGGUAUAUGGGUGGCUAUGCAAAACCUGCCACCUUAACAGAUGUCUUUACCAGGGGACUCAAGUGGGGAUUUGCAGCUUUUGUUGUUGCUCUUGGCAUUGAGUAUGCCCUGUUUCCCCCGAAGAAGAAUGGAGGACAUCACUGAAGAUCAAAUAUGACAGUACUUUUCACUACUAAAAUGUACAAAAGCCUGCUGCCCACUGUACUUAUAAAGAGCAUAUUAAAGUCUAUCACAGGUAAAA